UUCAAACAAACCGGAGCUGCAUAUCGAAUCAGACGCGCGGACUGACGUCGGAUUAACUUUGAAUUCGUUAGACGAACGCGUCGCUGUAAAACGCGGGAUGUCGCAGGACGAAAGCGCAUCCCAAUCGGGAUCAUCCAACAGUUCCAGUCAGCUAUCAUUUUUUCAAGACAAUCUGACGGACCUGACGUUGUACGGGAGUCCCGCGCCGACACUGGUCAGGACGGGCACCGUGGUCAGAAAGCCCAACUCGGUGCCGUUCAGGAAAGACCGCGUCGAAUCAACCAGCAGCAACGAAGAUGACGACGGGGCGCCUAUCAGAGAAAGAACUGCACAAGAGAAACAAUACAGACAUAGUUUAGCGUCAAUAUCGGAAAGGCGAAGCUCGAGAAGUUCCGUUUCGAACAUAUCCGGCAAAUCAAUCAGGGCGUACAGUUCGAUGGAAACUUCGUCCGACAACACAGAUUACGCAGUCCGAAGCACGACCGAAUCCAAUCGAGAAGCUAGAACUAUCACGAGUCCAUCUAGCACUAACUACCUCAGCUGGAUCGAGAGCGCUAGCAGCGAUUAUUUCGGGAGCGCGAUCGUAAACGUUCAAGACGACACCCCCGAUGUCGACAAUAAGGUGGGCGAAUGGAACAACUUCUGGCUGAAUUACAGCAACGCGCGCUUGCGCCAUCUUUCGGAUCGCACAUUUAGCUCAAACGGUGUCGACAGAACUGUCGACGAAACGUCGGAAGACGGCAAAAGCGGGGGUAGCUCGCAACGCGACGUCACGGACAAGAAUAACUCGGCCGAGUGCGUGAUGCUGACUCUGGAUGAAGUGAACGAAACAAUAAAGUGUUCUAAAAGGAUCACAGAAAUUUUAUUAAAUGCAAUGAAGCGAAAUGAGACUGAAGAGGGCUCUAACGAUUCUUACUAUUCGCAAGCUUUAUCGGGCAGGAAUUCUGAUAAGGGCAAAGUCGCAAUUAUCAACGUUAACCGCGAACGUUCAGUGUCCUGUGCGGAUCCCCAAAACAUUCAGAGGCAAAAUCAAGAGUUGCUGAAAACCGCGCAGCAGUCCUCCAGCACCAGUUGCAUCCACGCCAUCUUGAAUACGAGCGUCGCCGACAUGUUAAAACGCGUGAUUGCCAAACGGCGGGACGUCCUUGCGCCCGAUAGUGAAAGGAGUACCAUGACCAGGAACAGCUUCUCCGAAUGGACAGAUAAAUGAUUGUUGUGCAGAUUAAUUGUGUUCUUGUGAUUUGCACGUGUUUAAUAAAUGUAAAAGUGAAAAAAUAUAAGAACGUAAAAUAUAAAAUCAACUUCAAAAGUUUUCAUUACGGAUCUGAACUGUCGAGAUAUUUUAAACACGGCCCAUCCGAUGUCGGUACACGUUUGAC